CGUGUUCACCGAGAAGGCCAGUGUGAAAAUCCUGUGCUGUGUAUCCAGCUUUUCUGUAUUUUGAUUGUUUAUACCUUCUUCAUAACGUAAAGUAAAUUGAGAAAAGGACACAAUGAAGUCUUUCCUCCCUGUUUUUGUUGUCUUAAUCUGUUACCAACUUAGUGGCACAGACGGUCGUCUGUUGCCCAGAAGCCAGAUUACCAUUCACUCGGAUGACCACUUUGAGUAUCUCCCAGAUAUUGAGGACAGCAUUUUGCGCAUGGCAGACUUAGACAAUAGUGGCGCCAUCAGCAACGAUGAGAUCCGAGUGUUCCUGGCCACACCGGGUGUCCCCGAGUUCCUCCGAAACGCUCUGACCAGGGACACUGUACAGGGCGCUGAUACAAACCGAAACGGACAACUGGAGAGAUACGAGCUACAGGGAAUUUUGAUGGACGCCUUGAGUACCUUCUCAUCCAGCCUAGCCGUCGUCAAAAUACUUUCAUUUGAAACCGAACAGAUGAUUAACAGAGGGGACAUAACUCUUCCUGAAACAUCAAUUGAAGUCGCACAGACUUUAUUGGACGCUUUGGAUAGCAACAACAACAACAAGUUAAGCCUGGACGAAGCGUCUGAGUUCUAUAGCCUAGUUUUCGAUCAGAGAUUUUGGGAAAGUUUGGUUGAGGCCUCUGCUGCUCUGGACGCUGACAGGGAUAGCGAACUGAAUCUGAAAGAAAUUGUCGAAGUGUACGAGGCACUGGGGGAAAAGUACGACUCUAUGGACAUGGAACCGCUAAUAAUGUAUGCCCGAAUAAAGUCUGCGUUGGGGGCAUUCCCAGAGGUUGAAAAUUGAAUGUGAUUUCCAUAUGGAAAUACGUGGCUGAAACCAACUUCUACAGUACUAAGCAAAUUUCAGUGGCCGAUUUCACAAGACUUCUUGAAGAAAUUUUUUGUAACUGCUUUCGUAUAUGGCGUUGUCCUGGUUAUAGCGUCAUAAAUCGACGUGAUUGACGAGGAAAGCUACGAAAAAUUGACCUACGAAAUUUUGUGGAAGCAUUAAAAGGUAUUUGUAAUUCUCGGAAGGUUUAUCCAGACAGUUGUAACAAACUACAAAGAUCGCAAGUCUACAGAAACUAUAUGUAAAGGUGAUGAAACGGACCGCAUGAAGGCCAGAGGCUUCCAUCAAUACAACGAAUCUGUGAAAACAGGAUGGUGAAUUCAUUUGGUUAAAAAUAAAAGAAAAUAAUAAAAUUAAACCAGUCUCUAUGUCUAACACAUUUUGUGUCACUCUAAACACAGGAAACGGAUUUCCAUUUCAUGUCCGGUGUUUUGUUGUUUUUUUUAAGCUAUUACCUUAAGGCUUGAAGUCUUUGUGUCGUAAUCAUUUAUAUAUUACAUUAACCCAAAAAGCAGUAAAAGCAUAAAAGCCAAUCAUGAA